AUGAUUGCUGGAACCCAGAGAAAGUACUACAUGCUGGGUGGGAAAGGAGGUGUCGGUAAGACAAGUUGUGCUGCUUCCCUUGCAGUCAAGUUUGCAAAUAGUGGGCAUCCUACCAUUGUGGUCUCCACUGAUCCUGCACAUUCUUUGAGUGAUUCAUUUGCACAGGUAUGUGCUUAUAUUUUUGAGAUAUACUGAAUGUGAACCUAUUUUUUCUGUUAAAAUUACUACUUGAUAUUUACCUGAUUUGUCUUUAGGAUGUUAGUGGAGGAACGUUGGUACCUGUUGAUGGAAUGGAUUAUCCACUCUUUGCCCUCGAGGUAUGCGGUGUUAGUUGCUGACAUUUAGUAAUUUUCUGUCACCUGCCAGUAUGUUUACUUUAGUGUUUAACAAGCACUUGAUUAUUUCACAGAUAAACCCAGAAAAAGCCAGGGAAGAGUUUCGUUCUGCGAGUCAAACAAGUGGGGGAACAGGUGUCAAGGACUUUAUGGACAGCAUGGGUCUUGGAAUGCUUGCUGAACAGGUAGGAGCUGACACCUGUUAUGUUUUGUCUUUACAGUCUCUCGUAUGUACUGUAUGUGAAUCUUUAAAUAUUAAUAGCAUAGGCAUAUUGUAUCCAAGUAUGAACGCAUACACGAAGAAAGUUCUCUCUUUGCACGUUUUCUCAGUUACCUUCCUGAGAACUUGGUCAACCCUUUUUCAGAUACGAAAAUAAUUUCAUCUUAAAUAAAAUGUUUCUUAUAUUUUUUUCUUGUUAAUUAAUCAUUUUUUUAUGUUGUAAUUCAUCAAGCUAGGAGAAUUAAAGCUAGGCGAGUUGCUUGACACACCGCCACCUGGACUGGAUGAAGCUAUUGCUAUUUCUAAGGCUUGUAAUUCUCCUUGUGAUUUUUGUUUUCUCUUUCUAAAUUGCGAUGGUUUACUUCUUUCUUGGAUUUUCUGAUUUCCUUUUUCUAUUUCACAAUGGCUACUGUUUCCUAAUAUCACUCCUAUGUCCAGGUUAUGCAAUUUGUUGAAGCAGAGGAAUAUAAAAUGUUUAGCCGGAUAGUGUUUGAUACUGCUCCUACGGUAAAUAAGAUAUAUCUCAACCCUAUUUUACAUUGUUUAACGUUUCCGAAUAUUUACUCAAAUAAUUACUGAUUUCUCCCUUCUUUUUUUUUUGCAUUUUUCUAGGGUCAUACUCUUCGGCUCUUGUCCUUGCCAGACUUCCUGGAUAAGUCCAUUGGAAAGAUUAUGGCGGUAUGCAUCUCAAAUUUCCCAUAUUUUUCUAAUUCUGCAAAAAAAAAAAUUACUGGGCUUCUUGAGUUCUGUAUAUGUGCGGAAGUUUUGCACAAGCUGCACUUAUAAGAAGUUAUCAAACAAGAUGCAGUACACCAUUACAAACUUUGGUUAGUGAAUUAACAUUGAGAAAGAGUAAUUCAAAAUGGAAAAUGUAGUAAGCUUUGAGUCACAGUGGAAUAAGAAAGGAUUAAUCAAGGUUGAUAUCACUUUCAGGAAUUAUAAAGGUACCUAUGAAGUUUUCAGUUUAAAUGGAAUAUGAAUGCCAACUCCAUCUAACAUAUUAAUAGCUAAAGCAUGGUUUUUCUUUUAUCAAUCCCAACUCAAACCCGAUUUGUACCCAACUGAAAAUACUAGUGUCUCAAAGGCUUUUAGUUUAAUUUCUUAGAAGCCGUAAUUAUCUAUUUAGGAAACUUAUGCUUCAAGAACCCUGUAUAUCUCAUUUAUUACCUUAAUUAGAUUUGAAAUUGGCUACAGUUAGAGUUGGUCAUAUGAUAACUUAUUUUUCAUAUGUGUCGUGUGCUAUAUUUAUGGAGUUCAUGAUUCAUUUGUGUCUCGGUUAUGCCACUUUUAUUAAGUCUCCUAUCUCCAUAUACAUCUCGUAACCAUGAUAUAUAUUCAUUUCUUCUCUUUUUCUUUAUAUAGGUUUUAUUUCGAUAGACAUAAUUUUGAUAAGUUUUCUCCUCAAGUUAGACUAACUGGAAACUAGCUGAUGUUUGCCAACUCAAUUAUUCUUUAUUAUGCAGCUGUUAGGUUGCGGCUUUAUAACUUCUUUCAUCUUUUUCCUCCAUCUAAAGUUCCAAUCAUGGGAACUGCACAGGCCAAAUGUAAUUUGGGUUCAACCAAAAUCUGACUGUUGAGUUUGGCUUGUCCAGGCAGGGCUGUUAGAUUGUCAGACCUUACUUUACAACUUGACUUUCCAUGUACGAAAAAGUAUCCUAGUUCUUUGAGCUGACAUCGUUCUGGAUGGGCAGUACCCAUCUGUGAAUAGUAGUGCCAAUGCAGUAGGUUUGGACAUGGCACAGCUAUAAUUUUUUGAGCUGAAACCCAACUUGUCUCAACCAGGUUCCUUUCGAUGUUAUGAUAAGGGCUGCACCUGAGAUAUUAACUAUGUUGUUUGGAUUGUGAAGAAUGCCGGAUUGGCACUGGCUAAACGUUGAAGGAUACUGUGGCUUGUAUAUCUAUAUUCUAUCUGUUUGGAAACUUGCUUAAAUCUCCUGAUUUCAGUUUAGAGUACGUAUCCCUUUGUAGGCUUUGCUCUGACGAUAUAGAUCUUCAAAGAUAUUACGACAAGGAAUUUAUUCAAUGUGUACGGUGAUCCAUCACAAAUUUAAGCUUUUUUUUUUCGACUUCAUUCCGAAGUCUAUCUUCAGCUGGCAGUUAUCAGUUCGGCACAUCCUUCCAUUUUGAUGUUUGGGCAGACCUUAGAUCUGCAACAUGCACUGCAAUUGAGAAGUAGCCUUUGUUUCCAAAGUGAUGGUUGAUCUGUCAACUUUUUAUUCAUUUCUGAACACUUCACUUUUGCAGAAAUAGCUGUCUGUGAUUUCAUCUAUCUUUUGGAUCUCCUAAUUUUCUUAGACUUUUCUCCAGCUGUUGGAGUUACUAUUUUGAGAGGGUUUUUAGCAUAAACUCAUAUCCCCAUCCGAUCAUCCUAGCUGAAUAUCUGGUUGCAGCAGAGUAUUCACGGAUGUACCCAGUUUUGAAAGUUUUUUUGUGCUUUGAGUUGGCUAGCCUUACUCUAUUUUGUAUUAAAAUCAUGAAUGAAGGUAGCUAAAUGGUACCGGGCAGGUGAUAUACAGGGUAUUGUGCCAUAAUAGCUAGGAUAGAUCUUAUCUGUGACAGUAAACUUCAAAUUUUUCAUAAACUUUUAUGGUUAAAUUUCACAUUGAUCUGAAUGAAAUACUAAGUCAAAAAGAUCUGACCCAUACUCUAAUUAUUUUGACAUAUUUGAAAUGUCUAUCGCCAUUUUUCUUUCCAGGUUCAUCUAGUAGUUCAUUAUAACACUUCAGUGAGAAUCGAAUUACGUCAGAUUACCACUUCGCUGAUGUUUCUCUCUUUCCUUUCUUUCCUGUCUACCCUUCAGCUCAGGAAGAAGAUAUCCUCUGCAACUUCAGCCAUAAAGUCUGUUUUUGGACAGGACGGAGAACGUCAAGAUGCUGUAAGUUGUUGUCUACUGAAAAAUGAUGCAUUACCGACUGAAAUUUCUGUAAAUAGCAUGUAAAUAUUUCAUUGCUGUAGUCUGACAAGCUGGAGAAGCUAAGGGAGAGGAUGAUAAAAGUACGUGAGCUUUUCCGCGACAAGGACUCAACUGAGUUCAUUAUUGUGACUAUACCAACGGUAACCUAUUUCCCCAUUUAUUUGAUUGCUGGUUCUUUGGUAGAUCCGAGUAUCUGAAAUUUUCGCAUUUCGAGUUAUGCUUUAGACUUAACCCAGGUCAAUCUGGUUUAAGAUGGUGUGAAAACCCAUGCGAGAUGAGAUUCCCACUUAGAUCUUCUAUAAUGCUGUCGUUUGUUCACCACUUAGAUCUAAUCAGCGCCAGCCAAAGUCUUGUUCCUUUGUUUAUAGCCCUCCUCAUGAUUACUAAAGUCAACGUGUUUAUACAAGUAAUGAAGCAGAAUGAAUUAGCUGGGCAUGGGAGAAAAUAGCUCUCCAAUGACUUUAAGAUACGAUAAACAGAAUCAUCCGCAAGUCAACAGAUGGGUGGAGCCUCAGUGACGAUAUCUAGCAAUGUUUCUUGGAUGGAGAGAUGGUUCCUAGAAUAUCAACUGUGAAUAGCUCGAAUUGCCAGUGAAAUAUAAGCUGGCUCGCUUCAUGUUUUCAAAUAGCUUCUUCAUUAUCUUGCCUCACUGUGUAUAUUGUCAGGUUAAGGUUGACCACCUAAUGCUUUUUAUUUAGGUCAUGGCCGUCAGUGAAUCUUCAAGGUUACGCGCCUCACUAAAGAAAGAAAGUGUUCUAGUCAAGAGAUUAAUUGUCAACCAGGUUCUACCACCAUCUUCAUCAGACUGCAAGUUCUGUAACAUUAAAAGAAAGGUACAGACUACUUCUCCUGCGCGAUGCAGACAUUUCAGAAUUUACUGCUCGUUUCUUUCCAAAUUUUUGAAACAAUUUCUUGCCGUUGACAUUUGUAUCUAGAACAUCCCCUCCUCUCCUAAUUCCCUGCAAGUUUGGUCCUCAGACAAGAUGCGAUCAUCACUUUUCUAUUACUAUCCAUGCUCGAUCUGUGAGCUAACAAGACAGGUUGUGCUAUGAGUUUUUCAUUCUUCCAUUCUAUUGUGUAGGAUCAAAUGCGUGCCUUGGACAUGAUACUCAAUGAUUCAGAACUCAUGGAUUUAAGGAUAGUCCAAGCCCCACUGGUUGACGUAGAGAUCAGAGGUGUUCCAGCCCUAAGAUUCAUGGGCGACAUAGUAUGGAAGUAA